GGAUUAUAGAAGGUUUUCGAAGGAACUAAAAGUAGGUUUAUUAUCAGAAGAGGUUUUUCAUUUUAUUAUAUAUAUUUUAAUUCACAGAACAACAGAAAAAUCAGCAACGAAGAAGAAGAUAGAGUUCGCCGAUCAAUGAAUACGUCGUCGUUUAUGGACAAGCAGAUAAUGGAUCUGAAUCUCUCUCACGGAUCUCCCGCUCCUUCCACCAACGAUUUCAUCGACCUAAUCAAGCAUCCUCGUCACCACCAACAACAACAAGUACUUGAUGAAGAUGAUGAUGAUCAACAACAACACGAAGAAAUUGAUUCAUCAUCCACUCACAAUAACGGAAUCAAAAGUGCCGAUAUCGUUCCUAGCUACGAUUUUCAACCGAUUCGUUCACUCCCUGAUUCUUCCCCCAAUUUCGGUUCUUCGUUUGCGAAAACUUGGAACUCCGAUUCCAACUCCAAAAAGUACAGUUCUCUGGAUUCUUUUGAACCUGCAAAGGUGACUGUAGAAAAAGACCGAAGUGCUGUUGAUGCCUCAAUUUUGUUAGAGAUUGAUCGAACAAUGAAGAAACACAUGGACAAUUUGCAUCAUGUUCUGGAAGGUGUUAGUGCGAGGUUAACACAACUAGAAACCAGAACUCACCAUCUUGAGAGUUCUAUGGAUGAUUUGAAGGUAUCUGUUGGAAAUAAUCAUGGAAUCACUGAUGGGAAAUUGAGGCUGUUGGAGAAUAUUCUUUCUGAGGUGCAAACAGGGGUGCAAGAUAUCAAAGACAAACAAGAUAUCGUUCAAGCUCAGCUGCAACUGGCAAAACUCCAAGUUUCCAAGACAGAGAAACAAUCAGAACCUCAAACUAGUGCAGUAUCAAAUCCUGUGCAGCAAGCUUCAUCUGCUCCUCAGCAAUCUCAACAAUAUCUUCCUUCAUCUUUUAACCUUCCACAGUCAACUCCUGUGGUUUCUCCCCCUAAUGCACCUCCUCAACCUCCUUCUCAACAGGGUUUGCCACCUCCGGUUCAACUUCCCAAUCAAUACUCACAAAUCCCAAACCCAACUGUUCCUCAGAGAGAUCCAUACUUGCCACCACCACCUGUUCAUUCUCAGGAAAUCCCAAAUCAGCAGUACCAGCUGCCUUUAACUCAGCAGCCACAUCCUCAACCAGGGGCACCUCCACAUCAACAAUAUCAGCAGACCCCUCAUCCUCAGUACGCUCAGCCAGCACAUCAUCUACCUCAACAGCAGCCACCACUUUCAUCCGGAAAUCCACCUCAACUGCAGUCUUCCAUGGGUCACCACCAUUUAGAAGAACCAUCUUAUGUUCCUUCUCAGAGUUAUCCUCCCAAUGUCCGCCAACCACCAUCUCAGCCACCCAGUGGACCUCCUCCACCUGCCCAGCAAUUCUACGGGACACCGCCCCAAGGAUAUGAAUCACCAUCAAGUAGAUCUGGUUCAAGUUAUUCUUCUGGAUAUGGUACAUUGCCUGGGCCUGCUGAGCCAUAUCGAUAUGGCGGGCCACCUCAGUAUGGUGGUAAACAACCUCAACUACCUAACGCCUCUGUGGCGUCCAGUGGUGGAAGUGGUUACCCACAGCUCCCAACUGCCCGCCCUCUCCCACAAGCAGUACCUACUGCAUCAUCAGUAAGUGGCGGCUCAGGUUCUGCUGGAACUGGUAGCAGGGUGUCUGUUGACGAUGUAGUAGAAAAAGUUGCUACUAUGGGAUUCCCUAGAGACCAUGUGAGGGCAACGGUUCGGAAGCUGACAGAGAAUGGUCAAUCAGUUGACUUAAAUACAGUGCUGGAUAAGCUUAUGAAUGAAGGCGGUGGUGAUAUGCAGCAACAAAGAGGUUGGUUUGGUCGGUAAAAUGGCGGUAAUCAAUUGAACUUUUGUAUAGAAGUAUCAUUUGUUUUGUGUUGAAGGUUUAUGAGGAAGGAUGACUGCGUGGUUGGAUUGUGCCAAUUGAAUAUUUUCACUUUUUUCUUUCUUUCCAUUUGUUCUUAUUUCUUGGAUAGUUGAAACUGUUUUAUGCUUUCUUGUGGGUUUAAUUACUAUCUUAAUCUUGUGCAGUAUAUUUUCAAUAAAUAAAAGGAGAUUUGGUAA